UUUGGCUGCUGUGAGACUGCAAGCCAUCGCUUUUCGUUCCUUUUAAUUGAACAGAAAGCAGUUUACUUUCAUUUUCCCUUUUAGUUUCAGUUCCCUGUUUCACAACAUUUGAAGCAAAGCCCCAUGAAAAUCCUGGUCACCAGCUGUUUCAGUGCAGGUCUGGAGGAAUAAAACAAAAGACCAGAAUAAGGUAGCACAGCAUAGUGCACCGCAAUAUAGCUCCUAUAAACAGUCCCCUUUGCAAUUAAGCAUGAGUUCUCUCCCUGUUUAUUCUGGUGCCAGGAUAUCUGGAUGUUGGUCCCUGGUGUCUGGUAGGAGUGGCGGCAAUGAAGAUUCCUUAGAUAGGCUAUUAACUCCAGUAACUAAUGUUCUGUCACCACGAAAACGAACUACAAGCCAAUGCAAAUCUGAGCCACCACUGUUGAGGACAAGUAAACGAACGAUUUAUACUGCAGGACGCCCUCCAUGGUACAACGAACAUGGAACCCAGUCUAAGCAAGCAUUUGUUAUCGGACUGUGCGGUGGCACUGCUUCAGGCAAAACAACAGUGGCCAGGAAGAUAAUAGAAGAAUUAGACGUUCCAUGGGUUGUGCUUCUAUCUAUGGACUCCUUCUACAAGGUCCUUAAAAAAGAGCAACAAGAUCUAGCUGCCAGCAAUGACUUUAAUUUUGACCAUCCCGAUGCAUUUGACUUUGACCUAAUUGUAUCUACUCUCAGGAAAUUAAAACAGGGAAAGAGUGUAAAGAUUCCUGUGUAUGAUUUCACAACGCACAGCAGGAAGAAGGACUGGAAAAUAUUAUACGGAGCCAGUGUAAUCAUAUUGGAAGGCAUCAUGGCUUUUGCUGAUAAGGAAUUGUUGAAUCUGUUGGACAUGAAGAUUUUUGUAGAUACUGAUUCAGAUAUCCGUCUUGUACGCCGCCUACGUAGAGAUAUCUCUGAGCGGGGCCGUGACAUUGAAGGAGUCAUCAAGCAGUACAACCAAUUUGUCAAGCCCUCUUUUGAACAGUUUAUUGAACCAACAAUGCGCUUGGCCGAUAUAGUUGUUCCACGAGGGGGAGGAAAUAUGGUCGCCAUUGAUCUGAUAGUGCAACACGUCCACAGUCAGCUGGAGGAGAGGAAACUGCGCUGGGAUAUGGCAACUUUAGCAUCUGCUCACCAAGCACAACCACUGCCGGAGACACUGAGUGUACUGAAGAGCACUCCGCAGGUACAAGGAAUGCACACAUUCAUUAGAAAUAGAGACACGAGUCGAGAUGAAUUUAUCUUCUAUUCCAAGAGACUGAUGAGGCUGUUGAUCGAAUAUGCACUUUCAUUGUUGCCUUUCAGGACAUGCACAGUCCAGACCCCGCAGGGUGAAGAUUAUGAAGGGAGAGGAUUUGACGGGAAGAGAAUCACAGGAGUGUCCAUUCUAAGAGCGGGAGAAACCAUGGAGCCGGCGUUGAGAGCUGUGUGCAAAGACGUGAGGAUUGGCAAAAUCUUAAUCCAAACCAACCACAGUACAGGGGAACCCGAGCUUCAUUACCUGAGACUGCCCAAGGAUAUUAGUGAGGAUCAUGUUAUUUUAAUGGAUUGUACAGUCUCCACAGGAGCUGCUGCUUUGAUGGCAAUCCGCGUGUUACUGGAUCACGAUGUCCAAGAAGAUAAAAUAUUCCUUGUGUCUCUUUUGAUGGCCGAGAUGGGGGUACAUUCCGUGGCGUACGCCUUCCCCCAAGUGAGAAUUAUUACCACUGCAGUAGACAAGAAAGUCAAUGAUUUGUUCCACAUUAUCCCUGGCAUUGGAAACUUUGGAGAUCGUUACUUUGGAACUGAUGCCCCUGCAGACUGGUGUGAAGAGGAUGACAGCAGAGACUUGUGAUUUAUCCUGGUGUUUCAGCACGACUGUAAUUCCAGGCAGAUCCAUCCAACCUGUGACCAUCAUAGAUGACAUCUUUGUUCAGAGUAAUACCUGGCUCAUUUCCCAUCAAGAUUUUGGUGGCUGUUGUACCUACUACUGUGUAGUUAAGAGUGGCCUAGAACAAAAUAAUAGAAUAGAAUUUUUUUUUUAAGUAACAAAAUUGACCUACAGCAAAAAACCCUGAAAAUAUUUUGAAAAAUGUCAUUUUUUAUUUGUUUGACAAUCCGAAGGAUUUUUAAUUAGCAGAAUGUAAGAUUAUGUAAACAAAUAUUUAAGCACUCUAAAUCACGUUACAACUAUUUAAAGAAUUUACUUCUAUUAUAAUGAACAGCCAUUAAGAAUUGGUGUCAUUGUGAUAUUAGUCUUCAGUGAUUUUUAGUGCCCUUUGGCCUGUUGAUAUUAACAGGAUCAUAAAUGUUGAGCUUGACAGAGGGCACUCCAUUCAAAAUUAACUCACCCCCAUUUAUUGUAGUAUUUUCAUGAGAAAAAUCAAUUAGUGUAGGUACAUUGCAAAUCAGUGGUGUUUGAGGCAAAUAUCCUUUAGACCAUCACUGGUCCAGAGGGCUCUAGAGCUUUAAUUGAGGCCACGUUAUACCAAAGGGUUUUAAAACAGACUCCCCCUGAAUAUUAACAUGGUAUUAGAGUACCAUAAUUUUCCUUACUUAAAUCCCAUUUAUAGCUGGACACUUCUUAUUGGCUAUAGAAACAUUACCCAUAAUCUAUUACAAGGGAGAUUAUAAUCAGAUUAUAUUUACCCUACCAAUACCAUAUAAUGCAUAGACUCUAAAAUAACUCCUCUGGCUGAUCCUAUUAUAAUUAAGACAAUUUGGUGUACUUUUAAAUACAGUAAAAAUCUUUGUGUUUGUUACAUCAGAAUUAUUGAGAAGGAGCUUUAUAGCAGAUAUAAUAGUGCUGUGUUGUAGAAGUAUGCUAUGGGAAGUCAUGCAUGUUACACAGACUGAUUUGUCUACCUUGCAAAAGGAUGACUACUUACUGAUGUUUGUCAAAAAUGACAAUCCAUUUAAUUGUGCUUCAGAUGUUUAUAACAAGCAUUAUUUAAGGUGCAGUAUUUGGGUGUGACAUUCAUUCUGAUUUGAAUAUUCCGUGCGUCACCAUUUCAAAAGCACAAAAUUUAUUCCUGAUUCAUGGUGUCCACAAAUUAAUGUUUUUGGUGACAUUGAAAGGAAAGCAACACAACUAAAUUCUUGCCAAUAGGUUUGUUCUAAUUUAGUAAUAUCUAUCUAUCUGUGUAAGCUUUCAAAGUUUCUGCUUUGGAUCAAUCUUUUUAUUUAUUGAAAAAUAUUUUGAACUACCUCAAUUUAUUGUGUAGUUAUUUUUUCUACAAAAGCUACAGCCUACAAUUCUUCCACAGUUUGCGGUGUAGCAAAAUACUUGCAUUGGAAAAAAAGGCAUUGCAUAUUAUGUUACAUUUAAACUACAGAAUGUAUAUCUAAUGCGAUUGAUCAGUUAUUUUUACUCCACAUCAGUGGUUCUGAAUUAGGAAAUACUGUUACUUUUUGUUGCACAACAAUAUCCUGGUAAAUCUCUGCACUGUAAGCAAUAACAACAAC